AUGGAAGAUGUUUCGGCUGCUGAUGUAAGGAGUGGCGCCAAAGAUAUUCAAGGAAUGAAAUGGCGUACGAAAACUACCAGGGAGAAAGUUAGGCAAAGAAUACUACAAUACCAUAUGAGGAACUGUAGAGAAAAUGUUCCUCAAUCAGAUAAGGAGCACAAAACCAUUAAGAAAGAUUGUUUAUACGAUUUCAGAUGGUAUGCAAGAUCCAUUAGUCCAUCGUUCUCCAACUCCCUGCUGAGGAAUAUGGUCUGGGCAACGUCUAAGAACGAUGUGUACUUCAUGUCUAAUUUUUCUGCCGUGCAUUGGUCAUCAUUGACCUGCACGAAAACAGAGAUUCUCGACUUCUCAGGGCAUAUAGUACCAAUCGAGAAACAUCCUAACAGCUCUCCAGAGGGAUUAACUGCAACUGUAGUAAGCACACUCGCGGUAAAAGAUAAGUUGCUUCUUGCCGGUGGAUAUCAAGGACAACUUAUAGUCAAGUAUUUGGAUAAACCUGGAGUUAGCUUGUGUGCUCGGCCAACAUAUGAUGCCACAACCACUUGUAUCGAGAUUAACAACAGUGCCAGUGGUGCACUUCAUUUUAUUGCUUCAUACGAUGAUUCUGUAGUUAGGGAAUUUGAUAUGGAAACGUUUCAACUGUCCAACUAUUUCCAUUUUAACAGGCCAGUUUAUCAUACAUCACUCAGCCCUGAUGGCAGGCUUCUCGUAGUAGUUGGGGCUGAUCCCGUAGGAAUGUUGGUUGACGCCAGGAAUGGAAUGGCUGUUUCUUCUUUGUUUGGACAUGUACUGGACUACUCGUAUGCAUCAGCUUGGCAUCCUGAUGGCCAAACAUUUGCAACUGGGAAUGAGGAUAAGACGUGCAGAGUAUGGGAUGUUCGUAACUUGUCCAAGUCAGUCACUGUGUUGAAUGGUACAUUUGGAUCUAUUAUGUCAAUGCGCUACACGUCUGAUGGCAGAUAUAUGGCUAUGGCAGAGCAGGAAGAUUUUGUCCAUAUUUUGUAUGUUAAAAGUGGAUAUGUGGUGGAACAAGAAAUUGAUUUCUUUGGUGUGAUAUCAGGAGUGUCUUUUAGUCCCGAUACAGAGUCCCUUUUCAUUGGCGUGAAGGGUUCCGAAUUCUGUGGCCUCCUUGAGUUUGGACGACGACACAACUAUUCAUACCUGGAUGCAAUGAUAUGAGCACUGCACCAGUAAACAGAUUAUAUUUGUUGUUCUAUUUGUAUGACAUCC